ACAGAAAUGUUCCGUAUGCAAGGAGCUCCACCAGCACCACCACCACUCAAGACUCGAUUUGAAAUCGUCAACACAGUCUACAACGAUCCCUUCUUCUGGAGCGUCUUCAAAGGAGUCAUUGGAUUUGGAGUUGGAGUUGUCGUCGCCCGAUCAGUCAGUGAAGAGUGGGCAACAGUUGUUUAAAUGUCAAAAUCUCAAUUAGUGGCAUUUUUCUUUUCGUUUUUUGUUGGUUUCUUUUUUGAAAAAUAAUAGAAAUUAGAUCU